AUGCAUUAUGCAGAUCUCAAUCCAUCCGGUACAAUAAGUGCCUUCUUUGUUGUUGUGAAAGAGAUUGUGACGCUGGAGAUGUUUGCCUUGAAAAGGACACUGUAUGUUUGUGGGCCGAACGUCGACAUUCGCAAUGAUAUCCAUGAGCUGAAACGUCUGGAGAACUGCACGGUAGUGGAGGGUUUCCUUCAGAUUCUGCUCAUCUCUAAAGCAGAGGAUUACCGCAACUUCCGCUUCCCGAAGCUGACUGUCAUAACUGACUACUUGCUGCUGUUCCGUGUGGCGGGCUUGGAAAGCCUCAGCGAUCUCUUCCCCAACCUCACAGUCAUUCGUGGGAGGAACCUCUUCUACAACUAUGCCUUGGUUAUCUUUGAAAUGACAAAUCUGAAGGAGAUCGGGCUUCACAAUUUGAGGAACAUAACCCGCGGUGCCAUACGGAUUGAGAAAAACUCUGACCUGUGUUACCUCUCCACAGUGGACUGGUCUCUCAUCCUAGAUGCAGUCUCUAAUAACUACAUUGUUGGAAAUAAACCGCCGAAGGAGUGUGGGGACUUGUGUCCAGGAACGAUGGAGGAGAAGCCGCUGUGCGAGAAGACCUCUAUUAACAACGAGUACAACUACCGCUGCUGGACCACCAACCACUGCCAGAAAAUGUGCCCCAGCUCAUGUGGCAAGAGAGCCUGCACAGACCAGAACGAGUGUUGCCAUCCUGAGUGCCUGGGGAGCUGCACAGCACCCGACAACAACACUGCUUGCGUGGCCUGUCGCAACUACUACUACGAAGGGGUCUGCAUGCCCACCUGCCCUCCCAACACCUACAAGUUCGAGGGCUGGCGCUGCGUGACCAAGGAGUUCUGCUCCAAAGUCCCUGCCACUGAAACAAGUGAAUACGAGAGGUUUGUGAUUCACAACGAUGAGUGCAUGGCAGAGUGCCCCUCUGGAUUCAUACGCAAUGGGAGCCAAAGUAUGUUCUGCAGCCCUUGUGAGGGGCCUUGCCCCAAAAUUUGUGAGGAUGGGAAAACGAAGACCAUUGACUCUGUCACAUCAGCACAAAUGUUGCAGGGAUGCACGAUUCUCAAGGGCAAUUUGCUGAUCAACAUCCGUCGUGGAAAUAACAUAGCUUCAGAACUGGAGAAUUUCAUGGGUCUGAUUGAGACAGUGACAGGGUAUGUGAAGAUUCGCCAUUCCCAUGCACUGGUUUCUCUGUCUUUCUUGAAGAACCUGCGGUAUAUUUUGGGAGAGGAACAGGUGGAUGGGAAUUAUUCUUUUUAUGUGCUUGAUAACCACAAUCUGCAGCAGCUGUGGGACUGGAACCAUCACAAUUUGACGAUCAAGGAGGGGAAAAUGUACUUUGCAUUUAAUCCUAAGUUGUGCGUUUCUGAGAUCUACCGUAUGGAGGAAGUUUCAGGAACCAAAGGGCGGCAGAGCAAAGGAGAUAUAAAUCCGAGGAACAAUGGGGAGAGAGCCUCUUGUGAAAGCCACAUUCUGCGUUUUGUUUCCAACACAACAUUGAAGAAUCGGAUUAAGCUGACGUGGGAACGGUAUCGCCCUCCAGAUUACAGAGAUCUCAUUAGCUUCACUGUUUACUACAAAGAAGCGCCGUUCAAAAAUGUGACAGAGUAUGAUGGACAGGAUGCGUGCGGCUCCAAUAGCUGGAAUAUGGUCGAUGUUGACCUGCCACCAAACAAGGAGAAUGACCCUGGAAUUUUACUGCAGGGAUUAAAACCUUGGACUCAGUACGCGAUUUAUGUCAAGGCUGUUACCCUCACAAUGAUGGAAAACCAUCACAUUCAUGGAGCAAAAAGUGAAAUUGUGUAUAUACGAACCAAUGCUGCAGUGCCAUCCAUUCCCUUGGAUGUUAUUUCAGCAUCCAACUCCUCUUCACAGCUGAUUGUCAAAUGGAAUCCUCCCUCUCUUCCCAAUGGCAACCUCUCAUAUUAUAUUGUACGAUGGCAGCAGCAGCCUCAGGACAGUUACCUUUACAGACACAAUUACUGCUCCAAAGAUAAAGUCCCAAUUCGAAGAUAUGCUGAUGGGACCAUUGAUACAGAAGAAGCUACUGAACCUACCAAGCCAGAGGGCUGUGGGGGAGAAAAAGGACCUUGUUGUGCUUGUCCCAAGACAGAGGCAGAAAAACAAGCUGAGAAGGAGGAAGCAGAGUACCGGAAAGUCUUUGAGAACUUCCUUCACAACUCCAUCUUUGUCCCCAGACCUGAUCGGAAGCGGAGGGAUGUGUUCCGAAUUGCAAACGCCACUUUGGCCACUCGAAAUAGGAACACAACUGGGGCAGAUCAUUUCACCAAUGUUUCUGACGCAGAGGAGAGUGAGGUGGAAUACCCGUUCUUUGAGACCAAAGUGGAUGGCAAGGAGAGAACUGUGAUCUCCCAUCUCCAGCCUUUUACUCUUUACCGCAUUGAUAUUCACAGCUGCAACCACGAAGCUGACACACUCGGUUGCAGCGCUUCCAACUUUGUCUUUGCAAGAACCAUGCCUUCAGAGGGAGCAGAUAACAUUCCAGGAACAGUAGCAUGGGAAGCAAAAGAAGAAAAUACCGUCUACCUGAAGUGGUUAGAGCCUACAAAUCCAAAUGGGCUGAUACUAAUGUAUGAAAUCAAGUAUGGGCAGCAUGGAGAGGAGAAACGAGAAUGUGUUUCGAGACAGGAAUACAAGAAGCUUGGAGGGGCGAAGCUGACUCAUCUGAACCCCGGAAACUAUUCUGCUAGAGUUCAGGCCACAUCAUUGGCUGGAAAUGGAUCUUGGACUGAGCCAGUCUCUUUCUAUGUACAACCCAAAUCAGCAAACUAUGACAAUUUCCUCCAUUUGAUAAUUGUGCUCCCCAUUGCUUUCCUGCUCAUCAUUGGGGGUUUGCUGAUAAUGCUGUAUGUCUUUAACAAGAAGAGGAACAGUGACAGACUGGGCAACGGAGUACUUUAUGCAUCUGUGAACCCUGAGUACUUCAGUGCUUCGGAUGUGUACGUUCCAGACGAAUGGGAGGUGCCCCGCGAGAAGAUCACCAUGUGCCGGGAGCUUGGGCAAGGCUCUUUUGGGAUGGUGUAUGAGGGAAUAGCCAAGGGAGUGGUGAAGGAUGAGCCGGAGACCCGGGUGGCCAUCAAAACAGUCAAUGAGUCUGCAAGCAUGCGUGAGAGGAUAGAGUUCUUAAAUGAGGCCUCGGUGAUGAAGGAGUUCAAUUGUCACCAUGUGGUUCGCCUGCUAGGUGUUGUUUCUCAGGGCCAGCCUACCCUAGUUAUCAUGGAGCUGAUGACACGUGGGGACCUCAAAAGUUAUCUGAGAUCAUUGAGGCCAGACACAGAGAGUAAUCCUGGCCAACCACCUCCAACUCUGAAGAAGAUGAUUCAAAUGGCAGGAGAGAUUGCUGAUGGGAUGGCUUACCUCAACGCCAACAAAUUUGUUCACAGAGAUCUUGCGGCGAGGAACUGCAUGGUGGCAGAAGAUUUCACAGUGAAAAUCGGAGAUUUUGGUAUGACAAGAGAUAUCUACGAGACAGAUUAUUACCGGAAAGGAGGGAAAGGUUUGCUGCCUGUCCGCUGGAUGUCCCCGGAAUCACUGAAGGAUGGAGUCUUCACGACGCACUCCGAUGUCUGGUCUUUUGGUGUUGUACUUUGGGAGAUUGCAACAUUAGCGGAGCAGCCGUACCAAGGCAUGACCAAUGAGCAAGUGCUCCGCUUUGUGAUGGAGGGAGGUCUGCUGGAAAAGCCAGACAACUGCCCUGAUAUGCUGUUUGAACUGAUGCGCAUGUGCUGGCAGUACAACCCGAAGAUGAGGCCCUCCUUCCUGGAAAUCAUCAGCAGCAUUAAGGACGAGCUGGAUCCGGCGUUCAGAGAGGUCUCCUUCUUCUACAGCGAAGAGAACAAGCCUCCGGACACAGAGGAGCUUGACCUGGAGACUGAGAACAUGGAGAGCAUUCCUUUAGAUCCCUCCUCUACCCUCCAACCCACUGACAAGCACUCAGGACACAAAGCCGAGAACGGCCCGGGGGUGGUGGUACUUAGGGCCAGCUUUGAGGAGAGACAGCCGUACGCACACAUGAACGGGGGACGCAAGAACGAGCGGGCCUUGCCGCUGCCCCAGUCUUCGGCCUGCUGAUCCUUAGACCCAGAAUCUGACAGAAACAGAACACGGGAAAACGCGUGUAUUGGGGGAAGAAAGAAAGAAAACUACAAUAUAUUCAAAAGCCCUACUGUACCUCAGUGGAUCUUCAGAACUGCCAUAGCUGCACUUGGGAGAACCCUUUUUUUCAGUAAACAAGUUAUUGGUUUUUUUCUUUUUUCAAUAUGCAAGCAGAUGUUUGUUUCGGUAAAGGACUCCAUUCAUGGGGCACACAGUUGGCCUUUUAAAACUCUAAUGUUAACACUUAAUAGCAACAGAAAACUUGAGAUUUGAUGUCUCUCUCUCUCUCUCUCCCCUCCCUCCCUAUCUCUUUCUUUCUGUCUGUCUUUGCUUCAUAAUGGGAAACAUAUCUGCGUGCAAGUUCAACCGUACGGCACUUUUAUCAGAUCAAAGAUAUCGCAGGCCAGGUGGCUCCUGCUCCCCUGCAAGCACCUGCCUAACACUGUAGGUCUUUAUUUAAAAAAAAAAGAAAAAAGAAAAAAAGAAAAAACAGGAAAAAA